AAUAAGGCAGGGUUUCUGGAAAACCAGCAGGACACUGGCCCUCGAGGCCUGGAUCUGGGGACCCCUGGUCUAGACGGUAUGACACAAACUAUCCAUGAUCUAAACGGACAAUUUUCUCAUACUGCAGCAGCUGCAUCCCAAGUAUCCACCAGCAACUUAAGCCAUCUCCUCUUUCGGUUCAUUCACAGCACCAGAAAACUUCCGUGUACAACCGGAACCGUUCCUUGGAGACGUCGAGACCUGUGGAGGAUUUAUGUUACAGGAACCCCUGGAAGUACCCAUCAAAGCCUCUGGAUUAGGGGCAUCAACACCUCUCUCAAAUCACCCAUCGCACCAAACCCAUCCUUCUCAUCUCAUCCGCUGCGUCCACUCAACUCAUCUGCCUGCCAGACCUACUUAAGGAGCUUCAAGACCAGGAUUCAUCGGCAGUUCGUUACCUCUAAUGGAACCACAUUCCCACGAGUGGACGCCCAAGCUGUCACGCCGAGCAGGAGCUCUUUUGGACUCAAUUACCUCCUUGUGGAACUUCGCCAAACGCCACGCAUCUCACGAGUAAUAGCCGGACCUCCAAGCCACGUAGAGCCACCGCUGAUCCUCAAGUCUCGUCCCAGACAUAGGGAACCUCUCCAGCCACGCUGCCUCCCUGCCGCACCAGAACAUCCUCAUCAGCAGAGGAAAUAAAACCCUUACUUACCAUAA